AUGCUAGAACCUCCUCGACCAUAUAUGGCAGUUUCUCACGUCUGGUCAGACGGAACUGGCACCGGAGCUUGGCGUGAUGGGGAAGUCAAUGAAUGUCUCUACUUAUAUUUCCGAGCCAUCGCAGAGCACUUCCAAUGCGAGGGAAUCUGGUGGGACGCCCUUUGCAUUCCACGUGCUAAGGCCGCACGCAACAAAGCUAUCCAGAAAAUCCAGACAAACUACCAGGAUGCCCGGAUUACAUUAGUACACGAUUGCUUUCUUCGGAACUGGGACUGGGACCCUGAAACCGCAUGCUUCGGCAUCCUUAUGUCACCCUGGUUCAGUCGAGGUUGGACAGCCCUAGAGCUAGCAAAGUCGCGCAAGGUCAAGGUCAUCUUCAAAGGACGUUAUGGUCCUGUUAUAAAGGAUCUGGACGAAGAGAUACUUGCAAAGGCAGAUGAGAUCAAUGUCCCGCGCAUCAAAGCGUCACGCAUGAUCAGGAAUCUUCGGAAGGAGUUCACGUCAUUGAACGAUCUCCUAACUGUAUUGCGCCCUCGAUUUACUUCUUGGCCUAAGGACAUGGCGGUCAUCUCAGCUCUUCUGGUGGGCAUUGAGCCAGAGGAACGGCAACAGAAGACAUACAGGAGUAUUCUAAAAAAAUUAGGUGAGCUUUGCCCUGAGAAUCUUUUUCAUAAUGCUGCAACGAUGUCCGAUGAAUUCAGCUGGUGUCCUACUAGCCUGUUCAAGAUGCCGUUGGAAAGAUCUUCAGAGGUCCGCCUAAAGAUCCUCGGAAACGAUAUCCGAGGGAAGUGGCGCAUUAGCCGUCAUUAUGUAGAAGCAGGGCUUGAAAAGAAUUGCAUAUGGCAUAGCUCUCACCCUCUGAUAACAAGGCAGCUCCAAGAUGUCUUGAAAUGCCCUAGACGAUGUCGGCUCCUAACCAAAUGCGGCACAGAACCAGUCCAAAGGGCUCUGCUGGUGAGAGAAAGGCAUUGGGCGCGCUAUCAAUAUCUUGGUGCUCUGUACUUCCGUCAGGAGCUGAGAGCAUGGAGUACCGACGACUGGAUAGAAGAAGAUGUGACAAUAUGUGGCAUUCAGGGUGAUGAUGGACUGAUGCGCCACCCUGGACAGGAUAGGAGUGCCAGAGACGCGGAGUGUACAAAUCUCUCCAAAUAUCAUCAAGACGAGCGAUCGGACCAUGCCUUGGACGUCGAGAAUUUGAAGCACGCAGUAUGGAGAGGAGAGUAUUACCCGGCUUUCUCAGAGAUGAUGGGUAGAGUCGAUCUGGAGAUCCCUGAUUGUCUUGGACGACGCCUGCUUCAUCUUGCAGCCGAACGAGGGGAUAAGCGGUGCGUUGAAUCAUUGUUGGCCAGCAACGUUGAUACGGAGGCACGGUGCCACAAUGGUCAGACAGCACUGUACCUCGCCUCCUGGGGAGGCUCCGCAUCGGUUGUGAGAUCGUUGCUAGACCAACAUAGCGAUGUGACAGCGAAAGACAAUUACGGAAAUACUGCACUACACAUCGCUGCGCGAAUGGGUUUUGAAUCUAUCGUCCGGCUCCUCAUCGAGAAGAAAAUUCCUGUCAACGCGGAGGGUCACAACAGUCUCACGCCUCUACAUUAUGCAACAAUGAAUGGGCACAAAGCGGUGGUUGAAUUGCUGUUAAGGGAAGGGGCCAAAGUCAAUGUCAAAGAUAGCAAGAUUGGUUGGGUGCCGUUGCAUUGUGCAGCUGAGAGCGGAGAUGAAGACUUAGCCGAGCUCCUUAUCAAGAGCGGCGCCGAUGUCAACGUGACAGACAGCAUAGUGGGUUGGAAUCCUUUGCAUUUUGCCGCUAUGAAUGGUCACAAGAACAUGAUGCACUUGCUGGUCAGACAAGGUGCAAAUAGCAAGGCUAAGGAUAUGUACGGCUGGAUGCCGCAACAGUUUGCAGUAUUAAAUGGACAUGGACACCUUGGGAUUGUGGAGCUUUCCUCCAGCGAAGGCGAAACCAGCCCCUUUGCAGACAAGGGUCGGCUAACGCCCAUACACUGUAUAGCAAUCAACCGCCAACGUGUGCUACACAAGCUGUUAGAUGGCAACGGCACUGACAUUGACUUUUCGAGCUCGAAGGAGAACUGGUCACCAAUGUUGUUUGCGAUACAGAAUGGCCUUUCAGCCGUGAUUAAUCUGCUGCUUGAAACGAGCGCCACAAUUGAGGCAGAGGAAGGGACUGGCCGAACCCCACUAUGCUGGGCUGCUCUAGAGGGGAAUUACACUGCUGCAAAACUGUUGCUUGAGAAGGGUGCCAAAAUUGAAGCAAAGGAUCGUUACGGUCACACACCACUACACUGUGCUGCGCAAGAAGGGCAUGAGUCUGUCGUUUCACUGCUUCUCGAGAAGGGUGCAAAUUAUUAUGUUGGCGGUACUCCACUAUGCCUGGCUGCUUUAAAGGGGCAUGUGUCUGUCUCUACAUUGCUGCUGGAGAGGGGAGCUAAUAUAGAGGCCGGAGCUCACCGUAUUGGAACGCCGCUAUGCUUGGCUGCCAGAGGGGGGCAUGAGACUGCCGUUACACUGCUGCUCGAGAAGGGAGCUAAUAUUGAGGAAGCCAGUAGACAUUGGGGAACGCCACUCGUCUGCGCUGCUGAAAAUGGACAUGUGACUGUCUUGACAUUGCUGCUCGAGAGGGGAGCUAACACUGAGGCGAGAGAAUAUUACAACCGAACACCACUACACUUUGCCAUUGAGAGGGGUGAUGAAAAUAUUGUCAGACUCUUGCUUGAGAAAGGAGCUAUUAUUGAGACAGCAGAUCGGUUUAGCGGAACACCGAUAUGCCCCGACGAGGGUUAUAAGACUUACAAGGACUGGUACUUUGACAUGGGACAAAAGCGUUGCGGCAAGUCAUCUCUACGCUUGGCUGCGGAAAUGGGACAUGUGACUAUUGUCAAACUUUUGCUUGAGAAGGGUACCGAUACUAAGGCAAUGCAUCGUUUCGGUCAAUCAUUACUAUGCUGGGCAAUAGCACAGGCGCAUUGGUGUAUUGUUGAACUUUUGUUAAACAAGGGCAUCAGUAUCGAUGCAAGAGACCCUUCCGGUCAAACGCCACUACGCUUGGCCAUUGAGAACGGGCAUGAGAGGAUUGUUGAACUGCUGCUUGAGCAGGGCGCCAACCAAUAUAUUGGGCAGUUGAGAGGGCACAUAAGAAAGGGCACCAGUAUUGAGGCAACAGAUACGUCUGGUCAAUCACUACUUUGCUCGGGUGUUACGAAGGGGCAGGAGACUGUUGUCAAACAUUUGCUUCAGAAGAGCACUAACACUAAAGCACGAGCUAAUCUUGACAAAGCUCCACUAUACCCGACUGCUCAGAAGAACGAGACUGUUGUUGGACUGCUCCAGAAGGGACGUCAGCAUUGA